GAUUCCUGCGCGCGCUGGGAGGCCACCGGCUGAGCGGUUUCCGGCGGCGCGGCCUGUACUCGCUGUCAUGUGGGCUCUCGCUGUGUUCUUGCUGCUGGUGACGGCGUUCUUGUGGAUUCGGAGGCCGCAGCGACCGUCCAACUUUCCGCCGGGCCCUCCAACAUUUCUCAUCUUUGGCAAUAUUUGGACGGUGAUUGACUGGAUUCGGGGCCAGUUUCAUGCCAGCAUGAACCAUUGUCAGCACGACUUUGGGGAUCUUCUUGGCUUCGUGCUUCCAACGGGUGACAAGAUUGUGCACGUUCGCAAGUAUGAAGACAUCAAAGAGGCCUGCGCGAUGCACGAGCUGUCUGGAAGACCGAACAGAUUUGCUGUGCUAGUCCGCAGCUUCCAACAAAAGUUGGGUGUCAUCAUGAGCGAAGGCCCUGCCUGGGUAGAGCACAGGCGCUUUGCUUUGAGGCACCUGAGGGAUUUGGGCUUCGGGAAAAACUCCAUGGAGUCGACAGUAUUGAACGAAUUCGAAGAGCUCUCCCAGGAGAUGACACGUGACAUUGAUGCACCGAUGAAAGUUAACUUCCGCUUUAACUUGACGGUGCUGAACAUACUCUGGAGACUGGUCGCCGACAAGCGGCUGGAGAGUAGUGAUCCCAAGGCCCAACACUACAUCGCGACGGUCAACGAAUUCUUCACUACCAUCGGUCCUGGUAACCCGAUGAAUCUGGCGCCGUGGCUGCGUCACAUCGCCCCCGAGUGGAGCGGCUACAGGCCGCUGAUCCGACAUCGCGAGACCACGGUCGGCAUGUUCCGCGAGGUGGUCCACGAGCAUCGGCAGACGCUGGACCGCUCCAGUCCCCGUGACUUCAUCGACCAGUUCCUGCUGGAGAUGGAGAAGCCAGACGCUGAGGCUCGCCUCUUCACCGAACGCAACCUGUCCAUCAUCGGCAUGGACUUGUUCAUCGCCGGCAUGGAGACGACGUCUACUUCUCUGAGCUGGGCAUUGCUCUUCAUGGUCAAGUAUCCGGAGUUGCAGAAUCGCGUACAGCGCGAGAUCGACGCUGUUCUCGGCGGAUGUCCGCCGACCUACGGCGACCGCACACGCAUGCCGUACACUGAAGCCACGCUGAUGGAGGUGAUGCGGCGUUCCAACGUCCUCCCUAACGCAGUGGCGCACAGUGCACUGAGCGACAUCUCGUUCCGCGGCUACACCAUUCCCAAAGGCACCACGGUGAUUAUGCACCUGCACAUGGUGCACAUGGACCCGGAGUACUGGGGUGACCCGGAGGCGUUCAGGCCCGACCGGUUCCUGCACGCGGACGGCAGCGUGCGCCGUGAUGAGCGGCUCAUCCCGUUCGGCAUCGGGAAGAGGUUCUGCCUGGGAGAGACGCUGGCGCGCAUGGAGAUGUUCAUGCUCUUCACCUGCCUGCUGCAGCGUUUCAUCUUCACCGCCGUCCCGGGGCAGAAACUCUCGCUGGAGGCCAGGUUCGCGGUCGUGCUGCAGCCUCCCGAGUUCUUUGUGACCUACAAGCCGCGUGAUUAGCCCCUAUGAUGUACAAGCCGCGUGACUAGCCUUUGUGACCUACAAGCCGCGCGACUGUCCUUGUGACCUAGAAGCCGCGUGACUAGCUUACAUGACCUACAAGCCGCGUGACUAGCCUUUAUGACCUACAAACCGCGCGACUAGCCUUUGUGACCUAUAAUCUGCGUGAAUAGCCCUUGUGACCUAAAAGCCACGGACUGGCUUUAUAACCUACAAGCCUUUGUGACCAAAAAGCCACGUAACUGGCCUGAUGGCCUACAAGCUGCGUGACUAGCCUUUGUGACCUAAAAGCCACGUAACUGGCCUGAUGGCCUACAAGCGGCGUGACUAGCCUUUAUGACUUACAAGCCGCAUGACUAGCGAUGAGGUGGCGGCUGUGCACCUGCUUGAGCACCUUGGUAGUCUGGGUGCCAUGUAAUACUAGCAUGUCUGCCUCCCACAUUGUUCUUUCGUCUCCAUCACCAAACGGCAGAUAGGGUCGGUGGUGUCCUUCGCCCUCACCAGCAUAUUGCUAUAAUGCCCGCCUAAAUUACACGUGGUGUAAUAACGUAGAGUUCAAAAGCGGCGAAGGCAUUAAAAUAGACCAGCGCAUGUGUGGGUAAUGCCGCACCAUACGCAUUCCAUGAUUUGUGCCGUCGUCUCACCAUCUGGAUUAUUGUCAUCGGGGUAUGGGCAGAUCUGAUGUGGUGUGAGUUGUCUCUGUCUCUGUCU